ACAUAAAAAAAAAAAACAAAUUGUCUUUCGGCACUAAACAGAGGCGAGGAAGGUGGAGACGACUUCGAGUUCGAGAAGAGAUCAUCGGUUCCGAAGCAACAGCAUGUUGUCACCACUCGCCGUCUCCCUUUUCACCUUCCUCCUCGUCUGUCCAUCGCUCUCCUCCCUACCUCAAUCCCCUCUCCCAACCCCAACACCAGCUCCAAAUGAUCCGCCCACUAUCUGCAUCGUCGGCAGCGGAAUCGGCGGUUCCUCCGUCGCUCACUUCCUCCGUCACUACUCCUCCCACCCUUUCUAUAUCCGAAUCUUCGAGCGUAACGGCAUCGUCGGGGGCCGCAUGGCCACUGUCAACGUCUCCGGCCAGACCUUCGAGGCCGGUGCCUCCAUUCUCCACCCCAAGAAUUUCCACGCCUUGAACUACACUAAGUCCCUCGGGUUGAAUAUCAAGAAGCCCUCUUCUUCGGAUUCUUUCUCUCUCGGCAUUUGGAACGGCAAGAAUUUCGUGUUCAAAACUUUAAGCUUUAGUUCCAAGCUCCCAUUCGUUGACAAGAUCGUCUCACUCGCCAAUUCCGUGCUCAUGUUCCUGCGCUACGGGUUUUCACUCCUCAGAAUGGAGAGCUUCAUCGAGAGUACCGUGGACAAGUUCUUGAAGUACUAUGAAAGCUCUGAAUCCAGACCAGUUUUUGAGACUGUGGAUGGGAUGCUAAAAUGGGCGGGUUUGUACAAUCUCACGACCCGGACUCUGCUGGAGGAAAUGAUUGAUUCAGGGUUCUCUCCCUUAUUGAUAGAAGAGCUUGUCACUGUCAUCACAAGAAUAAAUUAUGGGCAGAGUGUCUCUAUCAGUGGACUUGCUGGUGCAGUUUCAUUGGCAGGAUCUGGUGGAGGGUUGUGGGCCAUCGAAGGAGGAAAUUGGCAGAUGGCUGCUGGAUUAAUUAAUCGCUCAGAUGCUGCAUUGCACCUCCGUGAAGAAAUAGAAUCUAUCUCUUAUCUGGGAGAAUAUUAUGAGCUUAACUCCACAGUAGGGAAUAGUUACACGUGUGAAGUUACGGUGGUUGCUACACCUAUGGAUGAGCUGAAUAUUCAGUUUUCCCCUCAAAUUUCAAUUCCUAAGAGAGAAUUACAGCACACCCAUGCAACUUUUGUGAGGGGCCUUCUAAAUCCUGCAUAUUUUGGCCUAAAUGUUGUAUCAGAAAUCCCAGAACUGGUAGGCACGAUAGAGGAUUCUGACCUUCCAUUCUCAAGCAUUUCAGUUCUAAGGCAACAUGGUGAGAAAGAUAUGACUUACAAGAUAUUUUCUCGUCAACCCAUGGCAGAUACGUUACUGGAUAGCAUCUUUAGUGUUAGGCAGGAGACAAUUCGGAUUGAUUGGGGUGCUUACCCUCACUACAGUGCUCCUGAAGUUUUUGCACCAUUUAUCUUGGAUGGUCGGCAUUUGUACUAUGUGAAUGCUUUUGAGAAUGCAGCUAGCACAAUGGAGACAAGUGCUGUUGCAGCUGAGAAUUUAGCACGACUAAUCCUAUCAAGAUUUUUUAACCUAGCACCCUUGAUUUCAUCUAACCUGAGCUCAAACUCUGGGGAACUUUUACAUGUGGACCUGUGAAUUGUGUAUAUAGUCACAACUUUUACACCGAAUAAUUUCAGAUAUUGGUUAAGAUCCUAAUGUAAGAUUUUGGAUAUUAACCAUUUAUGUCUGGCCAAAGAAAGAAGCUUGUAUCAGGUAUUUUUGUUUUAUGAUAUUUUGAGAAGUUGGUGUGUAUGUGCUAAAA